CAUACAGCUGGGGACGGCGGAGAGAAGAGAUAGAACAGGAGAGGGAGAAGGCAGGAGAGCGCAGUGAGAGGGCUCCGGAAAGUGUAAGCGGGAUUGAUGUAGGGUACUGAGAGAGUGAGUGAGAGAGAGAGACAGAGGGAGGUCGGUUUAUGAGUUUUUAUCUACUGCAGGUCCGGUAGAAGAGAGAGGGAGAAAAAUUAACGCUCCAAAAUGCUUUGCCAUGUUACACGGCCGGACUCGGUGGUGAUGGAGGUGGAGGUGGACGCGAAGGCGAAUGGAGAGGACUGUCUGAAUAAGGUAUGUAGGCGGCUGGGCAUCAUAGAGGUGGACUACUUCGGCCUGCAGUUCUCCGGCAGUAAAGGCGAGAACCUCUGGCUGAACCUAAGGAACAGAAUCUCUCAGCAGAUGGACAAUCUGACUCCGUGCAGACUCCGACUGAGGGUCAAGUUCUUUGUGGAACCUCAUCUAAUACUGCAAGAGCAAACGAGGCACCUGUUCUUCAUGCAUGUGAAAGAGGAUCUGCACCGUGGUCACCUGCGGAUGGGCUCGGAACAGGCCGAGGAGCUGAGCGCUCUUCUGGCUCAGGCUGAGUUUGGAGACUACAACCAGAACACAGCCAAGUACUGGUACACCGAACUGUGUGGAAAAGAACCCGACCAGGCCACAGUUAACAGUAUAAUAGCACGGCACCAGGCUCUGGAGGGUGUUAGUCAGGGUUCAGUGGAGUAUCAGGCCCUGCAGCUUGUUUCCUCUCUGGAGCAUUAUGGGGUAGAGUGGCACUGGGCCCGGGAUGCAGAGGGGCAGAGACUGGCGAUCGGAAUCGGACCAGAGGGCAUUGCGGUCUGCAGGGAAGACUUCAGUCUGGUCAACAGGAUAUCCUAUCCUAUAAUACAAAUAGCCACUCAGUCAGGGAAGAGCGUAUAUUUGACGGUCACAAAGGAAACCAGCGACAGCGUGGUCCUUCUCUUUAAGCUAAUCAGCAACAGAGCGGCCAGCGGCCUGUACAGAGCAAUCACAGAGACGCACGCCUUCUACAGAUGCGACACAGUAACGAAUGCAGUAAUGAUGCAGUACAGUCGAGACUUCAAGGGUCACCUGGCCUCGCUGUUCCUCAACGAAAACAUCAACCUGGGCAAGAAGUAUGUGUUCGACAUCCGCCGCACAUCAAAGGAGGUGUACGACUACGCGAGACGAGCGCUCUACAACGCCGGCAUCGUGGACUUGAUGUCCCGCUCUGGGGGUCGAUCGCCGUCCUCGCGCUCUCCUUCGCAUGGACAGCAGGAGGUGCUAGACUGCAGCGGCUGCCAACAGAGCCGAGCGCUGCAGGAGAAGCUGCAGAAACUGCGGGAGGCGCUGCUGUGCAUGCUGUGCUGUGAGGAGGAGAUAGAUGCAGCUUUCUGUCCCUGCGGACACAUGGUCUGCUGUCAGAACUGCGCCAAACAGCUUCAGUCGUGUCCAGUGUGUCGGUCAGAAGUUGAGCACAUCCAGCACGUCUACCUGCCCACCUGCACCAGCCUGCUGAACCUGACCAUCACAGGCAACGGCAGCCCAGAGCCCAUCCACCGGGGCAUGGCCACACACACCUGCACUAGCAAAGACUUCUCCAGCAGCGAAAAGCUCUACCAGACCUAAGAAAGCCCAGCGUUCACUCUUCCACUAAAGCUUUUAUUUUAUUACCUACGACUCGGUGCGCAUCACGCCCACCACAAAACCUGUUCUUAAACACCAAUGAAGAGACCUGCCAACUUUUACUUGUUUUGUAUGUUCGAUCUUAAUUUAAUUCUAUCAGUUGAUCUGAUGAAAAGCUGUGUGUACUUUUAUAAUUUGAAUAUUUUUUUUUCUUUCUAUCCAAAAUGUUCUCCUGAUUCAUAUCAUACAGUGUGCACUUUCACUUGUUUAGUUUUUCUGCUUGUGAACAUAUUUUAAAACAUUUUGUGAAUGUUUUUUUUUCCCACUUUUUAUUUAAUUGCAUUUCAUGUUUUUUAAUUGUCAUAUUUCCACUCUCAGUAUAUUAUUCUUUUGCUGUGGAACCAAGUGUGCAGUAUUUUUCCUUUUUCUCUUAGUUUUUAUUUUUAUCCAUUGAGAUCUGAAUGGUUUUCAGGCUGAUGAAGAGGGACGUGAUGGGCACAAACCUGUACAGUGCUGUUCUAGGAAUUGAACAUGGGAUGUGGUCACUCUCUGUUGUCCUAUUUUGAGGAUAUUCAGUGCUGAUGGAGCCAAAACUAGACUCCAAACACUGAAUGAGCGGCUGGAAAGUAGAGGAAGUUUCUAGUUCUUCUGGUGUUCAGUGGUUUGUUCUGUUUGAAGCUUCUGUACUGUUUCUAACUUCAGCUGCAGCUGACUAGCAGUUUUAUAUGCAAAGGAUACUUGAGGGUCUGUCGGUGCAAUGCUAGCUGUUUGACACAAGCUUUUGAGUUUUAUUUUUUGUGGGAGACGCGUGAGGAAAACGUAAAAAAAAAAAACUUAUUUUAAAAAAAGAAGUCUAUUCUACACUGUCACUUUACCAAGGUGUUUCCUAAGUGUAGUACUCCUAGGGCUUUGCCUUAAUGUAGCAGUAACACAGUGUGUUUGGUAUGCAUAUUCUUUCUUUGCACAGACUAUUGUUGAAAGAUGAAGAGGAAUUAUUUUCUUUAUUGCUGACACAAUAUAUGGCACAGUCACUGCAGGGGAUAUUUUUUCACUAUGUACAAGUAGAUUUUUGUUUCUGUUUGUUUGAAGCAAAAAACUAUGCUCUGUACAUGUAGGAUCUAGUCGAUCUUUUAUAUUUCUUUGGACAAGAGAGGUAUUAAUAAAGUUGUGAUUUUUAAACACA